CGCGUUGCUCCGUGUGCGCGCCGCUCCGCGUUAACAGGUCCGCCACCGCCGCCGUGCACGGAGCGUCCUCUGAGCCGCCGGUCACCGGACGGACCGUUCCCCGCACAGUGUUUUCCUCAGCGGGGCUGCUGCUCGCAUCAGCCCGGUCUGGAGGCUCGGCAGGCGGCCGCAUGUGGACCGUGACCGUCGGUGAACCGUCAGUUCCGCCGGGAUGCUCGGACAGUCUCCGCACCUGAUCGGGGGCAUCCUGUGGAUCCAGAACCCGAUGAGAGCUGUUCACUGCAACCUGAGCCAGAAUGGCAUCGACCACCAGAUGUGCCCCGAAGACGUGACGUCGCAGCUGGAGGAGGACGAGGAGUCGGUGGAGGCCGGGGCGGUGCUGCUGGAUGACGACAGUCCGGGAUACCAGGACGUCAGCCCCCCGAUGUACCAGCGCCGCUCGCCUCCGCACCGCUCCGUCUCCGAGUCCGAGCUGACCCGGCCUGGAUAUGUGAAGCUGUCCAAGCCGGUGGCCCUGUGGACCCAGCAGGACGUCUGCAAAUGGCUGAAGAAGCACUGCCCCAACCAGCACCAGAUCUACAGCGACUCCUUCAAACAGCACGACAUCACAGGUCGGGCCCUGAUGAGGCUGACGGACAGGAAGCUGGAGAGGAUGGGCAUCAUGCAGGAGGGCCAGAGGCAGCACAUCCUGCAGCAGGUCCUGCAGCUCCGAGUCCGGGAAGAAGUCCGAACCCUGCAGCUGCUCACGCAAGCCUCUCUGGAGUGCACCCCGUCUUCUCCGUAGCCGGACAUCAUCCAGCCGUCCUCCUUCCUCCAAAGACAGAUCUGGGAAAAAAAAAAAAAAACAAACAAAGAAAAUAAAAACCCCGCCGUACGUCUUCCCAGCCACUCCUGAAAAUCUCCCACGAGUUGUGACUCUCCGUUUCCUCGCAGUCCAAACAAUUCCUCACAGCUUCCUGGACUCUGACCAACAGUUUCCAUCUCCAGUCAUUCCUGACCUUUGCAGCAGAAACUCCUACGCUCCUCACAGAUCCUCAGAAAACCCCUCCAGGCUGCAGGAUCACACGCAGGAUUGAAUGUUGGUUUGGGAGGAUUUCUGUGAUUUCCUGUUGAGGAUCUCGUCCCGUAAACUCCAGUAUAACUUAUGUCUCAUUGUGUCACUGUUCGUGGCAUGUUAGCUCCUCAUCGUAGCACUUCAGUGUGACUUUCCUCCACUUCUGCUGCUUCUGGACCUGCAGCGAAUAACAAACCGUCCACCUCCGUUGCUCCCUUCCUCGUCUGCAGACUGAACCACGACCACCAGUGUGUUUUUGUGCUUUUUCUCUCCUCCUCUCUGAGCGCCGUCCUCUCCUCUCUUUCUGCCCUCUUCAUCGGGUUCCUGAGGGUCGACUGUGAGCCUGAGAGGACGGUUGACAAACGGCUAACUUUUAGGAGACGAACCUGUAGAACCACGAGCAGGAAACUCCCCUCUGUGUUUCCUAAAAGCUCUGUGCUUGUAGGUGAACUAAUCUGGCGACCCGGAGGGAGAAAAGACACGAAGGCAAAGCAAAAAGGGCUUCGAGAGACACUCUGACUGGAGACUGUUUCCUCUAAUGAGGGGAGAAGAAGGAGAAGAGAAGACAUCAGAGAUAACAAAAGCAGAGUCUUUUUCAUUUCCUCCCCGACUCUUUAUUGCUUCGCCUGCUCUCCAGACUGUUUUUAGAUGAGACAUGUUGGAAAUAGCGUAGAAAAGAGAGCGACUAGAAGCUGUCGAUGUGAAUAACGGCCACUCACUGUUGAUGUUGUUGUUUCUCUGCACUUAAAGCACACGUGUCUGUACCGAGCAGCAGCCGGAUCAUCGUUAUGUGUCCGUGAGUGUAAAUACAUGAUACCGACCUGUAGCCACUAUUACGACCUCUCGGUGAUGUUUAGCAUCGCUGCCUGUAGCAUGAGCUGUUGUCACGGUAACAGCAUCUCCUCUCCUGGAUGCUGAGCUGUCAGUCAGGCCCCCCGAGAGCCGUCGCCUCUUAAUGGGAUUCCAUUUGUACGAGUCCCUCAGCUGUCCGGCUCAUUGUUUGGAAAGCAGCCGCCGCAGAGACCCGCGAGCGGAUUGAAUCGUAUCGAUCACUUCUUCGGGACGUACAGUCGCUCUGCCAGGGUUUACAGAAGCCUCUCAGAGUGUGUGUUGGUGUGUGUGUGUGCUCGGCGGUCACGCAGGAAUAGAGCUGUUCAGGCUAAAACACUAGUGGUCAUUUCACGGUCGGCCGGAGCUGCCGUGUCCACGUCUGUCAGGCGGCCGAGGCUUCCAGCGAUGUGGACUUUCUCCUGGUCUCAGAUGGAAAACAUGCUUUAAAACUGGAAGAAACUGUUUUCCAGCUGAAUUUAAUUUAUGCAGAAGAUGCUGAGCUGGAGCUCCAAUGUAGGAUUACACCCCCAAAAAUUCAAUUUAACCUCAUAGAAAGUUUGACAUUUGGAGAAAUCUGCUUAUUUGCUUCCCUGCCGACAGAUUUAAGCAGAUUUAAGUGUUUGCACCAAUUUUAACUGUGAUCAAUUUAAACAAAUAAAGCUUUGGUCAGCAGCCAGUUAGCUUCACCUAAAGUACAACAGAGUCCGGCUAACAGCACUUCUGAAGCUCAAAAACUGACCCGUAAAUGAGAUUUAACAUGUUCACUAAUGAGCUUUAAAAGUGCUCGAAGGUAGAUUUUGUUCUUUUACACGCAGAAGAACAAGUAGGAAGAAUAUCUCUAAACAGAUAUGAUCAGAAAUGAGAAAAUUUGCCCUUAAGACAAAGUUAAUUUUCAUGCAUUUGCAAAAUCUGCUUGGUAAACACCAUUAAACUGACUUCCUGUUGGACAAAAAUUUCCAAACAGUCGCUUCGAUCAGCAUAAAAACUGGAAAUAAGUAAAAAAAAUUUAGGUGUGCGGUCAAAUCUGCUCUAAUUGUCUGAUAAAAGAUGAAGCUUCCGUCAGCAGCCAGUUAGCUUAGCCUAGCAUCCAACAAAAUCCAUCUACUAGUAUUUCUGCAGCGCUGUUUCUGUGUAAAAUGACAAACAAAAUCCAUACCAUAGCACUUAAAGUGCAAAAAAUGAUUUGCAAAUUAAAUAUAACAUGUUGACUGAGGGCAUUUAGCUCUAAAUUAUUGCUGUUUGUGUCUUUUUUAUUCUAAUACCUUUAAAAACAACCUACCAGCAUGUCUAAAGCUCUGUAUUCAGUACAAAAGUGCAAAAACAGACCUUCAAAUGAGAUUUAAUAUGUUGAAUAUGCGAUUGAGGCUGGAGCAAAGGUCCAGACAUUUUUCCAGACUAAACAGACUGUUUAGUUUUUCAACAAUAAAACUGAAAUGUGUGCAUAAGAACCCGAUUAAGCUAAUGUUCAUGCAUUGGUAAAGAGCAUUAAACUGACUUCCUGUCCACAGUUUGACAAAACUUGACAAACAGUAGCUUUGGGCAGAGGAAAAACUGGAAACAGGUGGAAGAUUUAGGUAUUUUCAUCAAAGCUACUCUAAUUGUCUGACAAAUAAAAGAUGAAGCUUCCAUCAGCAGCCAGUUAGCUUAGCCUAGCAUGCAACAGAAUCCAUCUGCUAGCAUUUCUGCAGCUCUGUUUUCUGUGCAAAAAUGCCAAACAAAAUCCAUACCAUAGCACUCAAAAGUGCAGAAAAUUAUGUACAAAUUAGAUCUAACAUGCUGAAUGAUGAGCUUUUUUUUCUCUAAAAUAUGGACGUUUAUCUACAAAACCCACCUACCACCCCUACUAAAGCUGUUUAAUCUGUACAAAAGUGCAAAAAUGGACCUUUAAAUGGGAUGUAACAUGUUGAAUAAUGUUCUUUAAAGGUGCUUGAAGGUGGAUUUUGUUACCUUUGCACAGAGCAAAGGUUCAAUCAUUUUUUCUAGACUAAAUAGACUGUUUUUUUUCAGAUAUCAACAAUAAGAUUAAAAUUUCCGCACAAGAACCUGACAAAUGUAAUGUUCAUGCAUUUGCAGAAUCUGCUCAGAAAAGAGCAUUAAACUGACUUUCUAUCAACAGUUGCACAAAAUUUCCCAAACAGUAGCUUUGAUUAGCAGAAAGACUGGAAAUAAGAGAAAGAUUUACGUGUUUGCUUAAAAUCUACUGUCGGUUAGAUCAAUUUUUCUUCUGUCAGCAGGUGGUUAGCUUAACAAAAUAUCCAACAAAAUCCAUACCAGCACGUCCUAAUCUCUGUUGUCAGAGUAGAAGGUGCAAAAAUUGACCCAUAAAUAAGAUAAAAUAUGUUUAUUAAUGUGCUUUAUUAAAGCAAAACCUAAUGCUCAUUUUUUCCCAAAAUCUGCUCAGAAAAGAACAUAAAGCCGACUUCUUGCAGACAUAUAGGAGCUCCGAUCAACGUAAAGACUGAAAAUAAGUGAAAAAUGUAGGUGUUUUCAUCAAAUCUACUCUAACUGCUAAAUAAAAGAUGAAGCUUCUGUCAACAGCCAGUUAGCUUAGCCUAGCAUCCAACAGAAUCUAUCUACUGGCACUUCUGCAGCGCUGUUUACUGUGCAAAAAUGGACCCAUAAAUGAGAUAAAACAUGCUGACUAAUGUGCUUUAUAAGAAUCUGGCAAAUCUAAUGCUCGUUCAUCCCCAAAAUCUGCUCAGAAAAGAGCACAAAGCUGACUUCUUGCCAACUUUUAGACCAAAUCUGACAAGCAGGAGCUUCGAUCAGAAUAAAGACUUUAAACAGGUCAAACAGCUUCAUCUUAAUUAGCUUAAAUAUGGCAUCAACACUAUUCAGAUGUUCGUCUGAUAAAUUAAAAAACAAAACUUCGGUCAGCAGCCAGUUAGCUUAGCCUAGCAUCCAACAGAAUCCACCUACCUGCACUUGUUCAGCUUAAAAAUGAAAAAAAUGAAGUUAUAAAUGAUAUUUACGUGUUGACUAAUGGGCUUUAAAGGUGCUGGAAGGUGGAUUUUGUUUCUUUACACCUUGAUUUUCCAGACGAAUCAUCCGUUUUCUUUAGAUGCCAUUAGAGGAAUGUCAUUAUAUCCUAAAACCUGCUGGGAAAAGACUGAAAGUCGACUUCUUUCCAACAGUUGGACAAAAUUAGAGAAAACAGGAGCGUCAGUCAAGACAAAGACUGAAAAGAGAUACGACAAUUCAUGUUAAUUUGUCAAAAAAUACAGAUAUUUGUGCCAAUUCUACUGAAAAAGUGUCUCUUAGAAUGUCUGAAGUGCAAAAAAUAACCUAUAAAUGAGACUUAACCUGUUGACUAAUGGGCUUUAAAGGUGCUAGAAGGUGGAAUUUGUUCUUUUACACCUUGAUUUUUCCAGACGUAGCAUACGUUUUCUUGACAUUGGAAGAAUGUCUUUGUAUCUUAAAACCUGUUUAUUUUUCUAAACUAAGCAGAAGACUGUUUUCUUUAGAUGUUAUUAGAAGCAUAUAUUCCUAAAACCUGCUGGGAAAAGACUGCAAAGUCAACUUGUUUCCAACAUUUGGAACAAAUUAAGGAACUUCAGUCAAAAUAAAGGUUGAAAACGGGUGAAACAGUUUACCCUAAUUUGUCUAAAAUACAGGUAUUUGUGCCAAUGCUAUAGGAAAUGCAUCUCCUAGCACGUCUAAAGCGCAAAAAUAGACCCUUAAAUGAGAAUUACAGUGUUGACUAACGGGCUUUGAAGGUACUUGAAGGUUGAUUUUGUUCCUUUACAUGUUUAUUUUUAUAAACUAAGCAGAAGUUUUCUUUAGAUGUGAUUAGAAUCGUGUCUUUAAAUCCUAAAACCUGCUGGGAAAAGACUGCAAAGACGAUUUCUUUGGACAAAAUUCGAGAAAACGAGAUCUUCUCUAAUAACAAAGACAGAGAACAGGUGAAACAGUUUCCCGUAAUUUUUCUCAAAUGCAGGUAUUUGUGCCAAUUCGACUUUAAUAUCUCCAAAUUGUGUCUACUAGCACAUCUAAAGUGCAAUAAUGGACUCUUAAAUGAGACUUAACAUGGUGACUAAUGGGGCUUUAAAGGUACUUUAAGGUGGAUUUUGUUCCUUUACACGUUUAUUUCUCUAAACUAAGCAGAAGACAGUUUCCUUUAGAUGUGAUUACAAGCAUUAAAACUUGCACAGAAUAACCUGACAAAGCAAAUGUUCAAGAAUUCCAAAACUCUGCUGCAAAAAAAAGCAUAAAACCAACUUCUUUUCAACAGUUGGACCAAAUUAAAGAUCUUCAGUCAAAACAAAGACUUCAAACAGGUGAAAGUUCCCCUUAAUUUGUCUCAAAUACAGGUAUUUGCAUCAUUUCUACUCUAUUAUCUCCAAAAUGCAUCUCGUAACACAUCUAAAGUGCAAAAAAGAAUCUUUAAAUAAGAUUUAAGGUGUUGACUAAUAUGCUGUGAAGGUGGAUUUUGUUCCUUUACACGAUUAUUUCUCUAAACUAAGCAGAAGACAGUUUCCUUUAGAUGUGAUUAGAAGCAUUAAAACACGGCCAGAAGAACCUGACAAAGCUAAUGUCCAUAUCUUCCCUAAACCUGCUGGGAUAAAACAGCACAAAGCCGACGUCUUGUGAUCUUCCGGUUUGCGAGCCACUUGCGUUGAGUUUCAUCAUGUUCCUGACGGUCGACGGCGUAAAGAAGAGAAGGAAAAGCUCUGAAAACGCAGCUCUGAAGGAUUAUUAGAGGUGUCAGUGUUUUCCUCUCAGAGUGAAAUUAAUUACUGCAAAUUCUCCAGAUUUAAGGUCAGGAGCUGCGUUUUCAGAGCGCCGGGUCCUGAUGUAUUGAUUGUGUAUCGUGUUCUCCAGAGUGUAGAUUCCUCCAGAGGAACUCGGCUGGAGAUGAACCUGCCUGAACUGGCCGAUCGCCGGGGUUUGGCUCAGACGCUCGGUUACUCAACAGAAUCCAAACCUCACACAAUGUUGUUGCACAAGAACCUCCACACACACAAACACACCACAGUAAGCCAACUUUAGUGAUGCGUGAACACAUGUCGACGUGCAAGCGACACCUCAAACACAAACCGACCAAGCGGAGACGUGGACAGCGUGUUUCUGUAACUUUAAGGUGCCUAACGAUGGUAGAAGUGAUGAUGUUGGUGUGAGGAUGACUAUAUAUAUAAAUAUAUAUAUAUAUGUAAUAAACUGAUUAAUCUUCA